AUGACACGUUCUAUUACUUUCAUUUUCUACUAUUUUACAACUUUGAUAGCACUUUCUGUCGCUUCUUGUCCAAAGGGCGGCAUCCUCGACGCCGAAGAGGGAAGCUGCCUUUUUGCGGUGAAAUUUGAGGACACUUUUCAGAAUGCUCAAGAUUAUUGCUCAAAUUACUACGGUAAUUUGAUCUCGAUACAAAGCGCCGACGCCAACGAGAAGGUUCUUUCUCUAAGCAAGAUAUUUGCCAAUAACACAAAGUUUGCCUGGCUGGGUGGAAAGUAUGAUGGCACGAAAAUUACAUGGAUCGACGAAACACCGGCAGAGUUUAGCAAUCUGCAAGAGGGAGUGCCAGCCGGAUAUCUCCUUCUGAAUUUGACGAGUGGCAAAUGGACGACAGCCAAUUGGAAUGGGCUCUUUCCAUUCGUAUGUCGGACACAAGAUGCAAGUACCGAGCCGCCCAGCUGCCCACCGUAUGCGCCUUGUCCAACAGAUUGGGUCUACUCACAAUCGUUGAAGUUUUGCUACAAAGUGAUUUUCAACGUCGACUUUACGGAAGGCGAUCAGAAUUGUCGAUUGAUGAAUUCGUUUCUGACAUCGAUUCAUUCGGACACAGAGAAUCGUUUUGUUAAUGACUUGGGCAAAUCAGGAAGCCCUCAAACGGCUUGGCAACAACAUCCGUUGAUCGGUGGCAAACGGACGGGUCCCGGGAAAACGGAUUGGAUGUGGGUGGACGGGACGCCGUUCAACUACUCGAUUUGGGCUGAUAACCAGCCGGACAACAGUCAAGGCAAUGAAUGGUGUUUGCAGACAAUCGCCGAUCUGUUCCCGAACGCGUAUCCAAAAUCGGAGCAAUACCUCUAUAAAUGGAAUGAUUUCCCCUGUGAGGCUCGAUAUCGAGUGGCAAUUUGCAAGCAGCCGGCAAAAUAC